UUUUUUCUUGAAAUCCCUAAUCACAUACUUAAAAAUUAAGAAUUAAAUUGACAAGAGAUGACUAGUUGAUUUGAAUCUCCUUCCUUACUUCUCCUAUUGUUUGCAAAUUUUGUUGCGCAACGUGAUUUCUGCACAUACUUUUUACCGAUAGUUUGAACAUUCUCUCUUAAAUUCUUGUCCAAUCUGAUGAAAAAGCUAGGAGUCUGCAUGAAUCAUUUUCUUUUUAUUUUAUUUCUUCAGUUUCGUUUUGUUUUGUGUUCACAAGUUUUGCAUAUCUGAAUAGUAUAAAAAGAAUCGCCUGUCACAAUUCUUUGUUUAAGAUUUUCAUAUUUUCCAAAAUAUAACGAGUGUAAAUUCGAAAAAUUUCGCACAUCCUCAAAGUUCUUCUACUCGAACGGCAUCACUGAUUCACUGGGCAUUUCACAGGCAUCUUUCGGCCUUGGUUUCUUCACACCGUCACCGAACCACACUACAAACGUGGAUAAUGCAUAUCUAGAUAACACAGAAGUGUUUAAAUUCUGCCGAACGUUUCUGGCGAUCAAUCCAAAGCACUGGCGGAACAUACACAGGAGAACCUUCGCCUUAUUCUGCAGCGCAUCCUCCAAAGCAAAUAAAACAAUGUUUCAUUCCAUCAUUAAUCCCCAGAAUUCACAUCAACUUUUCAGGAGAUAUAACUGACUGGGAAACAUGGGGGAGACUGAUACAAAACCAAUUGAACCAGUCCAGGCUGCAUUGUCCCUGUUUGAAGAGAAGAACGAUCAUCGGAAAACCCGGCUUUCCGGCACAGAUAAGGAUAGUGAGAAAGAAAGAGAGCUUGAAGGUGUGUUGAAGGAUUUGGCCAAUUACAAGGUGAAGCUGGAAGCAAAAGAUGCUUCCUACAUGCAAGCCCUUCUCAAGCUGCAACACCACGAGUACACAGCGGACGAACUCCCUGCCCUCCUUGAAAACAUCGAGUUCGAGAGAGAUAAGUGCGUCGAGGAAUGUAAAGAGGCUCGGGCGCAGAUAUACCAUCUUGAAUCCAAGGUAAAGGAAAUGGGGGAUCAGCUAACUGAGACUCAAAAGGUGAGAGAGCACCUCAUGCAUGUUUUUAGGGAGUUGAAGGCUACACAAUCAGAGCUGCUUGGCAUGGAAACAAAACUAGCGGACGCUAGAGAUUCGGAGCUAAAAGCUCUAACUCAAGUGGAGCUAAUGGAAACAGAUUUCGUGAUGGAAAAUGAGAGGGUGGAAGAGCUUCUUAAACAUGUCUCGGAGCUAAGUGAAGCCGUGGUUAAGUCAAAGGUUGCUGCUAGUGAGACAGAUAAAGAGAAGUUGGCGAUAUUAUCUGCGAAGGAUACUGAGAUUGAGUUAGCUACACAGGCUGCUCUUCAAGCGCAGGAGCAGCUCGAAAAUUCUAAGAAACAAACGGUGAAGAUGGAGGAGUUGGAGGAUCAGCUACUCGCCAAGUCUUCGUUCAUUGAGAUGCUUCAGCUGGAGAUUAAACAGGUGAAUGAGAACCUUAGUUUCUCUGAGAUGGCGUCUUCUGACGCGAUGAAUGACUUGAACCAGCUGGAAAAAGAGUUAGAAGAGAAGGAAAGAAAGAUCUCGGAUCAGGAAGGUUUCAUCGAGGGGCUAGAAAUGGAACUGAAUCAGUUAAAAUUGGAGCUUAGUGAUGCAAAUCAAGUGGCCAACAGCCUGAAGCACGACAUUGAAGUUCUUACUGAGGAUUUACAGAAAGCUAAAAUAGAGCUUGAUGAGAUGGCGGAAAGGGAAAACAAUGCGCGGGUUGAGAUAGCAAUGCUGGAAUCUGAGCUGCAUAGAGGGAGGUCAAAAAUUGCAGCAGCAGAGGCAGCUGAAGCAAGAACCGAAAAUGUUAAAUCGGGGUUGUACCUUGCGAUUCAUCAACUAGUAAUAGAAGCCGAGACUGCCAAGAUGGAAAACAGAAUGUUAAAGCAAGGAGCAGACAGCGCAGACGAAGAAACUGACGAACACUCUCCCCUUUUUUAUUCCAAUGAAGAUGCUGAGGUUUCCAAAAUUGGUGAACUUAAGGAAGAAGCUGAAGAGCGAAAGGAAGAGAAUGAUUCCCAUGUAACAAUUUCAUUGAAGGAAUACAAGUACUUGGUUAAGAAGGCUGACCAGGCUGAUCAAAUUCCUUUGUCAUUGGUGGAAGCCUUUAGUCGUCAGUUGAGCUUCAGCACCGCAGGAGAUAAGUCUGAGUUGGAACAUUUGAAGAAGGAGUUGGAAGCUGCAAUGGAAAAAGUUGCGCAAUUCAGGAACCGGGCUGAGCAGGCUACUACUAGGGCUGAUCUUGCCGAGAGAGCGAAAGAAAGACUAGAGGACCGGAUAAGGAUUUGGCGAAAGGUGAGGCAAAAGAGAAGAGCUGCUCUUGCUGCGCUUAGGGAGGUGUCUCUUCCUAAACAAUUUAGCCCUCCCGCAUAUGAAUCUCCAGAUGAAAUUAAGCCUCCUGCAUAUGAAUCUCCAGAUGAAUUUAAGCCUAAUGCAUCAGAAGAAAUACAAAAAACAUAUCCGCAAUUGUGUGACGUACUUAAAAUGAAAUUCUAGCUGUUUUUCUUAAGAUUAGACUUAGCUAAAUAAUUGUUCAUGUGAGAAGCACAUACUGCUUGUUGAAUUCAUGUAUUCAGUUAUCAUUGUUAAUUACCAUUUGCUUGUUUCUAA